UCUUUUCUCCUUCUUCUCCAAGGGGCUUUCUUUUCGUUGCUCUGUCUAGUUCCCGGCCGCUCGUCGGCUUCCUUCUCCCACCGGCUCCUUUCCAUUAUGGCCGCCGCGGGGGUCUCCCCGUCCAGUUCUCCGCGACUCCCCAGUCCGCCGCCGUUUACUGAGGUACAGAUCGGACCCCAGUCGCCGUCGGUCGGGGAAUCGUUUGGCACAGAUGCAGAACAGCUUUUGGGUGUUACCCAGGGCGCAGACAAUGGUCCGACCCGGAGGAUCCGCCCAGGAACCCGGGCAAGCGAGAUGUCCGCUGGUCCUCCGUUAAUUCCUCUUUCACAGCUCGAUUCGCCGUUUCAGCUCCAAGAACACCUGAAAGCGCUUUAUAACCAUUACACUCGACCCGAAGGCUAUGACACAGUGGUGCCGAUCCAGCGCGAGGUUGCCCGCCAGCUCGCGGAGCCACCCGAGGGCGUCGACCGGUCGCUUUGGUUAUACGAGCUCUGCCGAUUUCUAACGAUGAAAGUGAAUAACCUUAUCAUUGCCUUUUUCGCUGAAACCCCUCCCUGCUCUUCCCAGACAUGUCCGGAGAUGCGCGCGUCAGAAUGGCAGUACCUUUGUGCGGUGCACGACCCCCCCAAGGCUUGCUGCGCCAUUGACUACUGCUGCCACACACUCGACUGGGCUACGAACAUCCUUACGUCCCCCAAACACUUUCCAAGCCGGCUCACACUUGGGUCGGAGUCUGGGGGUGGGCCUCAGGCGGGCCUGAGGCACCUGACUAAUAUCUUCCGGCGGCUCUAUCGCAUCUUCGCCCACGCAUGGUUCCAGCAUCGGGAAGUCUUCUGGCAGGUCGAGGGGCACGAUGGGCUUUAUAUGUUCUUUAAAACGGUGUGCGACAUGUAUCACCUGAUUCCGGAGGAUAACUAUACUGUGCCUCCUGAGGCCGAAGGGGACGAGGCGCUUCCGCCCCAGCAGACGCAGGAGCCGAUGGAUGGACGCAGAUUAACGAUUCUUCGCAAAGAGGGCGAACCGCUGCUUCCGCCUUUGGAUCCCGUCGAUCCUGCGUCGGUUACCGCGGCUACUACGCGACGCCACAAGGCCAGCUCUUCGAUUGGGUCUCGUGUUACAACUAUCAGCGAGAGCAGCGCGGAAGACCUCGAGGAAUCUGCCAAGCCCGGGUCUCCUCAAAAGCAAUCCCCUUCGCCGCCACCUACGGAGGGACAGAGCGCUGAGAGCGCCGAGAGCGAGGAACCCAGUGCGCCCGCUGAACCGGCCGUCCCGGUUGUUGACACCGCCGAAUCGCAGGUUACGGUUGCGGAGGUUGACGCCGAAGAGGAGGUUCCUUCAGUCAGUGAGACUGCACCGAGUGCCGACGAACAAACGGAAAGCGAGCCUGAGCCACUAACAGAGGAGGCAGCACCUGCAGAAGAGGGUCAGGCGGCGGCUGAAGUAGAGCCGGAGCCCGAGCAGGAGAUGCAGCCGGAGCCAGAGAAAGUGACCGAAGAUGAGCCGGCCAAGGAGACUGAUACCGCGCGCUAAACCGAUGAACCUGAGCUGAGAUAUCUUCACGGUUGACGAGAUGGUGGUUAUCCUACGACGAUUGUAAUAUGCUGUUGGUUGCGUGGCACUUUCAGAUGUGAUCUUGAUGUAAUAUAAUAAACGGACUAAUGAUACCCUGUUGUGCGAG